UCUUUUGCUAGCCUAACGGACGGAGGGGGCGCUGGUCCAGUGACCACUGGGUGACCACCAGAUCUGGAGAACACUGGUUCAGUCAACUGCCCGCUCAGUUCAGUUGUUGCCGCGACUCGCGAAACCAGAACGUCGACAACACAAGCAACGUACGGAGUACGGAAGUGACGUCAUCAUCAUAGUAUGGACUUGGAGUAAACCAUGGCUGACGAAGAUGAAAUUGUUUUGAGUUUUGGAGACAGCUUACUACGGAAGUCCGACCUUAACCUGUUGAAUGAACCAAACUGGAUCAAUGAUAAAAUCAUUGCCUUUUGCUUCGAAUACUACGAGCAUGAGCAGUUCAACCACUCGGCCGACAAAAUGGCGCUGAUCAGCCCGGCUGUGGCACAGCUCAUGCGAUUUGCCUCAGGUAAGGAGGGAAUGAAGGAAGGAAUGAGUGAACGAAGGAAAAUAGACGAGCGCCUGGUUCCAGCGCGUCGUGACACAAAUGACCUUUAUUGUGUGGAUGUGUGUUUCUCAUUUCUCAAACAGAGGUUGUCUGUCGUCGGUGUUGGGAGUGGGGAAAAUUCGUGUUUUGUUUCGGAGAGGUUGACUGACAUUUUUCUGUGUCGUUUUCUGUCCUUAGCUCCUCGUGGCAAAUUGAAGUUCGUGGAAAUGGACUGCCCGCAACAGCAGAAUGGCUACGACUGCGGCAUGUAUGUGAUCGCCAUGACGGAGCACCUGAUCCGCGAGCUGUGCGAGUGUUUCGGCGUGUCCCUCCCCGAGAUGGUCAAUGCGGACACGGUCCAGCGGCUCCGCGGACAGAUCCUCUCGCUGGUGGAAAAGCUGCGGCAGAGCCAGGAGCACUCGAGCGUGGCGCACCACAACCUCAAGGCCACGUGACGACCUUCUCGCGGUCGGCUCACGGUUGGCUCACGGGGGGCAAUGUACUCGCAGAAGGGGUGCAGUGACCUUCUCCCAGGGGGCUUGCAGCGGGGAUUGUGGGGAUGGAGUCUGUCUGGUCAGUCAUCUUGAGAGGGGGUCAAGCGGAGGAUGAGGAUUGGGAUGAGGAGGAGGAGGAUGAGGACAACGAUGAUGAGGAAGAGCAUGGGGAUAAAAGGAUGAGGAGGAUGACAACAGCAAGACGCUCAUAUGACCGUAUGCAGUUGCGAACGCUGUAAAACUCUUACCAGAAAUAAACAACAACAAGGAGGAUGAGGAGGAUGAGAAGGGCGACAACAAAGAGGAGGACGACAACAAA